GCAAACUUUCAUCAACCAUAUUUCUAACUUCACUUACUUUAAUUUCAAGUGGUUAUACACACUACUAAACCAAUACCGCCGCAAUCCGAAAAUAUGAAGAGCUCAAUGAAUGAAACAUCGUGUAUUGAGAUACCCCGGAUUGAGAUCCUGCCUAUGAAGCAAAGGUCACAGAUUCAGAAUCUGGAGGAAGAUUGGACGGGUACCAGUAGUACGGUCAUGAGGAGGAAAUUGCAAAAUCGGUUGAAUCAACGGGCUUCUCGACAGCGUAGAAAAGUUGACUCGAAAAGACUCGAAGCAAUAACCAAAGUCAUAGAAACACAAGGACCCAUAAUCCUUGAUCCUACUACACCUCCUCCAAAAACAUGUAUGUGUAUCAAUAACAUAGAUGUCAAACGCAUCAUCGCUUCUAGAUCAUUCAAUUCCUACAUCACCAAUACUUCUGUCCCAACAGACUCCUACUUGCUUACUCUUCUUCACUUCAAUAUCAUCCGUGCUUUAUCUAUUAAUGUGGAGAUUCUUAAACUACCCGUCGAUCGUAUGGAUGAUGAUAUUCUUUCCCCAUUCAACACAUCAUCAUCGACGCAGUAUCCACAGGGCUUACCAGACCUAUCAAAUCUUCCCCCGGCUCUAAAACCUACGAGUCUACAAAUCGAAAUAAAACAUCAUCCUGAGAUUGAUGUCUUUCCAUUUCCGAGAUGUAGAGAUCUCAUUCUUUCGGCGCUUUCAAGAGGUGAUGAAUGGAAUGAUAUCGAGUUUUGUAGGGACAUUAUGUAUGGGUUGGAGGGGGGAGGAGGAAGAACGGGAUUUAUUGUUUGGGGUGAUCCGUGGGUACCGGCAAGCUGGGAGGUGGAAGAAACCUUUGCGAAGAAGUGGAAGUGGCUGUUAGAGGGAUGCGAGGAGUUGUUUAUUAGUACUAACAAUUGGAGAGUUGGAAGAGGUGAGGAGAGACUAGUUUUUGAGGAAUUGCCUUGAUGGUUUUAUUAUCAGAGAAUCGAGAAUAUAACAUAGAGCACGGAUUCAGGGAGAUGGAGAAAGAGACCAAGGAAGAAAGAAGGGAACUUGAACAGAUAUUUCAAUAUCUGAAGUUCAGAUUGGAUUUUAAAAAUGAACUUCUAAACACAUCAAUCUACUAUUUUUGAUUUGGAUAUUCUAGGUACACAAAACUCGAGCCCUGAUCAUAACAGAAGCGCGAUAGAGCAAUAAUAGAUAAGGAAAUCUCAAAUGGAUAUAUAAUAAGUCGGGUACUCUAAUUUCUGAUCACCUUUCUUUUGGGCUACUGUUUGUUAUCAAGAACCUCAAAAAAUGAUAUUUUUAAUUUUCUUAUUUAUGAAUGGAAUUUGUUGAAAAUGUAUAUACAUAUAUUGUGCGCGGAAAACGUGAUAGUAGGUCACGUGAUACUGUUAUUUCUAGCAUCUAUAGUUUCUUCUCCUGUAGACCAAUAAAGAAGACACUGAUUUUACA